UACUCGUAACGUCCAUAUCACUUUUGUACAAAAGGAAGUUUGUAUUGGCAACGACCAUUUCAGAGCUGUGUUCUUCAUUAAUGCAAUGUGUGUUUCCGCUUCUUCAUUAAUGCAAGUCGUAUCACUUUCCAACCAAAGAUACAACAUGGUUCUGGCUGCAAGUAAUGGCGAAGCAGAAGGAGUAGAAGAAGUUGCUGCACUGAGGGGUACGCUGGUCUUUAUCUUAGUACAGUAAGUGAGCAAAUGUGGAGGGGUUCCACAAUACCACCCCUCAAAACGGCAACUUUGGCCGGCAAGUUCAGCAUAGAAUCAUAGAUAAAUGAGAAUCAUAGAUAUCACAAUUAGCUACAUAACUCAGCAAACCCAACACACCAAACGAAGCUUUCUUACUUUCCCACUCCUCAUUUAUCUAUGAUUCUGUUAAGAGUCCUAGAACCAAACAGCCCCUUAGGCAAUGCGCACUUUCUUCGAUGAACUAACUAAAAGCCAACAAACACGUCAGGAAAAAAGAAGAAAGAAACACAAAAGCCAAUUAAAAAAGGAUUUCAAUUUUAUUGUGCCGUAGACAGUGGCGGACCCAGAAAUUUUUUUUUGUGGGGGCUAAAAUUUAAACAUUUGUUUCUCUCUUCAAACAUAAUAUAUGAGAGGCCAAAAUGGCUUUUUGACCCUUUUGCUCCUAAUUAAAUAAUUAAUAACCAAUUUGCCCCUCCCCCAGAACUAUCCACCAUCCUGCCCCCAUUUAGUCGAUUAAGUUGCACUUUUAAUCGACUAAAUGGGCUAAACUCAGAAAUUAUGAAACGCGAAUUUUAGUCGACUAAAAACUCACCUUAAUCGACUAAAUUGUUUGCACUUUUAGUCGACUAAGAACAUUAUUUAGUCGACUAAAUGUCGCAGAUCAGGUUUUUUAAACCCCCCCCCCCCCAUUUCGCAAAGGGGGUUAUUUUCAAACCCUAAUCGACUAAAUCGCUUCAUUCCGUCCCCUCUCUCCAACCAAGUCCGAAUCUCAACCCUUGAAGGUGCGAUUGAAGCUUCCUUGGUUCACACUUGCGAAACCGACAUUUAGGUACAGUUGUUACCAUGGCUGGCCGUAGAAGAUCGUCUAGCACUGGAAAUGAGAGACAACAGAAGCUACGACAAGACCGUCCGUCUUCGUCAAGGCCACAAGAGGAAGACCCCGCUGCUGUCGACCUCCCAUUCGGAUACUUGUUCGAGAAUGACCCGGUGGUUCAUGAAUCUUUUGUCCGUGACUUUGUUAAUCGACCGAUUUGUGGGGCCAAAUCACUUGAUACAGCCUUUUUUGAACAAGAAGGUUUUAACAUUGUGAGGUGGUUGAAGGAAUCACAUCUUAUGACCUUGGCUGAACUGUCGUGUUCAUAUUCUGAGCUGCAUGUACGGGCCUUCUACCAUAACCUCAGCUACCAUCAGGGUGAGCUGAGGUCUAGGGUCUGCGGGGUGGACAUCAUCAUGACGGCUCCGGUAUGGUUAGAGUUACUGGGGUAUGACUUUGAUUCUGUGCAGACUGUGGAAUAUGACGCAGACAGCGGGACCAUACUUCCAGGAUAUACACGCGGUGAUGUCGUGCAGGAGCAAAGGAGAGUUCGUGGGCAACACAUUGCCUAUACGGUGGGGUUGCUUACUGUGGAGUCCCGCAUACUACACUAUGUCAUCACCCACAUUCUGUUUCCACGAGCGUUCAAUCAUUCCAGGGUGUUGGAGCAUGACAUUCCCAUCAUGUGGGCUAUCCGACAUGGUACUUCGGUGAACUGGAGGCACUACAUCUGUUGGAUGAUGUAUAAGGCCAAACACAAUGGUGCACUUCCAUUUGCUUGUCUUGUUCAGAGGAUAUUGGAGCAUUUUGAUGUUCCCAUGGGUAAUGUGACCUUGAAGAAGACCACAGGGUAUAAUCAUAAGUUUGGAAAACGUCUUCUGGAGCAGUGCAAGAUGACAAAGAACCCCCAAACAGGAGUGUGGCAGUUCACAGGUGCGGCUGAUGUUGAGGUUCCUGAUGUUGCUCCAGUUGUAGACAUGGUUGAGCCCGAGGUGGAGGAUGAUGAUGACGAUGAUGAUGAGGGUAACCAGCAGGAGAUAGCUGAGCCUGAGGGUGGGUUUUCAUUACGUGAUGUUUUGAAGGGCAUAAACGCCACGCUGAAGAAAAUAGGAAAAAUGGCGCUGAAACACAAAAAAUGGAGGAAGAGUCACGUGCAGAAAGGAAAUGAAAGAUUUAGACAUAUACAGGGACGGUUCAAGGGUGUUGAAGAUAGGCUUGCUCGUCUAGAGCUUGGACGAGGACAACAAAUUGAGGAUGUUGCAGGGCAGGGGGCUGAUGUGUCAGAUGAGGAUGACGAGGAGACGGCGUCCGAGGAGGAUGAGGAUUAGAUUUAGGGUUUAUGUUUCUAUUUUACGUUUGUAGUGUAUGUUGUUAUGUAAUUGACUUCGGUCUUCCUAUUUGACAUUUGUAGUUUAUGUAAUA